GACAAUCCAUAAUACGUCAAACAUCUUUGUUGCCACUAGCCACUGGUCAUUAGUCAAUUAUACCAUAAUCACCAUGUCUAUAUACGUGGGGGAAUCCCGUGGAGAACUAUUAGCAUGGCUCAAUGAUCUUUUAGCUCCUCCACAACCUAUAACCAAGGUGGAGCAAUGUGGUACUGGUGCAAUUUAUUGUCAAGUCAUGGAUUCCAUCUUCGGUAAUUUGCCAAUGACAAAAGUCAAGUUCAAUGCCAGACAGGAAUAUGAACAUUUGGAAAACUUCAAAAUCCUUCAAAAGUGUUUCACGAUCAAUAAGAUUGACAAGCCCAUACCUGUUGAUAAGCUCAUCAAAUGUAAGAUGCAAGAUAAUUUAGAGUUUUUACAAUGGAUGAAAAAGUUUUGGGAUGCGAAUGCUCCCGGAGGUGGAUAUGAUGCUUUGGGGCGAACAGGAGGCGCCGCUAUAACUUCUGGACCUUCAUCAAGAGCACCUGCAAAUCGCGCACCACCUCGUACAUCCGCAUCAACCGCAGCCAGAUCCGUAUCGUCCACAUCAAACGCUCAGCUUCAAGCUCUCACCGCGCAGGUCCAAGAGAUGCAAUUGCAUUGUGAAGGAUUGGAAAAAGAGAGGGAUUUUUACUUUGACAAAUUACGACAAAUAGAAGUUUCCGUGACGAAACGACUUGAACAACCCGAUGUGUGUGAUGAAGAAAGAGAUCAUCUAGCUGGUGUUCAAGCGGUUUUGUAUGCUACUCAGGAAGGUUUCGAAGUGCCCGACCCUGAAGGAUUAACUUUGGAAGAUGACGAAGAGACUUUUUGAGGAUUUUUCAUGAUGCAUGACAUGUCAACAAUUUUCCUU